AUGCUCUCUGCUGUUCGUCGUGUUCCCCGCGCCGUGUCUGUCUCCGCUAGACUCUAUACUACCGGCCGCACUGAAGGCUCCGUUGCCCAGUCCAAGGGCUUCAACAAGAAGGAGAAGGCUCAUGAAGACCAAUUCGUCCAUGCACAUGAGAUGGAGCAGCUCGCCAAGCUGAGAGCGCAGAUUCAGGCUAAGCAGCAGGAGAUCGACUCGCUGCAAAAGGACGCCGACGCUAUCACCAACAAGACUCCCAAAGCUUGA